AUGCCAAUUUUAAAAUAAGAAAUAAAAUGGCUACCGGACCCAAAGUUGCAACCUCUCCUCUCGAAGUACUACGUAAUGACGGCACUCGGGCGGCCCCAAUUUGGAACAAGUAUUGGGGCCCAAUUAUUUGUGGUGGCUUGGGAUUCCUCGGUGUAGUUGCAGCGAACUGGGCCAUUAGAAGGCCGUUAAUGAGCGGAAUUCAGACACAUGUACUCGUAACCGCGGGGGGUGCAGCUAUUGGUAAAUAUGUAGACGAUUACAGAAACGAAUAUCUUGCCGAGAGGGACGCCGUUUUUCGACAUUAUGUAGACUUACACCCUGAAGAUUUUCCAGAAUUCGCGCGUAAAAAGUACUCGGAAGUUCUUGAACCUUGGGUUCCAAUUCGUUAAUUCGGAAUUUCUAUUUUAGUAGUAAGAUUAAAUAAACUUGUUGAUUUCUAA